AUGUGGGUGGAGUUCAUAGAAACGUUUCCCUAUGUCAUCAAGUAUAAGCAAGGUAAGGAAAACAUUGUUGUUGAUGCCUUAUCCCGAAGGUAUGCUCUAAUCUCUACUCUUGAUGUUAAACUGAUGGGAUUCGAACAAGUUAAAGAGAUUUAUGAGAAGGAUCCUGACUUUAAAGAUGUGUACAAAUCUUGUGAAAGGGAAGCGCAUGGAGGAGGAUUGAUGGGUCAUUUUGGAAUAGUAAAAACGCUUAAGCCUUGGCAUGAUAUUUCUAUGGAUUUUGUGCUUGGUUUGCCUAGAACUAGAACUGGUAAAGAUUCAGUUUUUGUGGUUAUUGAUCGAUUUUCAAAAAUGGCGCAUUUCAUACCUUGUCACAAAACUGAUAAUGCUUUGCAUGUUGUUGAGUUGUUCUUCAAGGAAAUUGUCCGUUUGCAUGGAGUGCCUAAGUCAACUGUUUCUGAUAGGGAUACAAAGUUUUAA